GGCCCACUAGAUGUCAAUGUUACACCACAGGCGUGACGCCAUGGUUCAUGAAACCUGACCUGCAUUGCCUGAAGGGGUGGAUCUGUACAAUGAAAGGUUUGUAAUCAAACUACGCUCCAAGCAUAUAAAUACGCACAUGCUCUGUUGCACACACACAAUCGGCUCUUUCACACAGCGCUUUCACUAUGGGCUUCCGGGCUGCUGCAACCUGGUACCGCUGCCUCCCAGCGCUCUGCUCCGGGACAGCGCUUCGGGUCGCUCCGGUGCUCAGACCCGCACCCUUCGCUUCCAUCCCGGGCAGAAGAAACCUGAACGUGCAGACAGCAACUGAGGCGGUUAGGCUGAAGAGCAUUGAUGACUUACCGGGGCCCAGCCGGACCACCAGUAUGUACUGGUUGUUGGUCAAAGGAUACGCGGAAAAGAUGCACUUACUGCAGGGCUUACAGAAGCGUCAGUAUGGACCCAUCUGGCGCUCCAAGUUUGGCCCUUUUGACAUCGUCAAUGUGGCGACUCCUGACCUCAUUGGUCAGGUGAUCCAGCAGGAAGGCCGCUACCCAGUCCGAGUUGAGAUGCCCCACUGGAAGGAGUACAGGGAGCUGAGGGGCCAGGCCUACGGACUCCACGUAGAAACAGGACCAGAGUGGUAUCGCAUCCGCAGUGCCCUGAACCCCAAGAUGCUGAAGCUACAGGAGGUAUCGGUUUAUGCCUCCACCAUCCAGCAGGUGACUGGAGAUCUGCUGCAACGCAUUGAGCUCUUACGAGCUCGCAGUCAGGACCAAGCCACAGUUUUGGACGUGGCAGCUGAGCUCUACAAGUUUGGCUUUGAAGGUAUAUCCUCCAUCCUGUUUGAGACCAGACUGGGGUGCCUGCAGGAGGAGAUUCCCCAUGAGACUCUUCGCUUCAUCAAGGCUCUUAACGACAUGAUGACGUUUGCUGACAUGGUGCUUCUCUUCCCACGAUGGACCCGCAACAUCCUCCCCUUCUGGAAACGCUUUGUUCAGGCCUGGGAUGACCUCUAUGAAGUAGCUCAGAUGCUCAUCGACAGAAGAAUGGCUGAAGUUGAAGCUCAGGUGAGCAGGGGUGAGCCUAUAGAGGCCAUGUACCUGACCUACCUGCUGUCUUCUGGCAAACUGACCAAAGCGGAAGUCUACAUAAGCGUUACAGAGCUGAUGCUGGGAGGAGUCGACACGACGUCCAACACCUUGUCGUGGGCUUUGUAUCACUUAGCGAGAGACAGCAGGGCUCAGGAUCGACUUUACAGCGAGGUGAAUUCGGUUUGCCCAGACAAGCGGGAGCCAACCAUGGAUGACCUGAGCAGGAUGCCCUUCCUGAAGGCCGUCAUAAAGGAGACAUUACGCCUGUAUCCAGUGGUUCCUGGAAACGGACGCUUUGUUUCGGAGAACGAGGUGAUUCUGGAUAACUACUGGUUCCCGAAGAAGACUCAGUUCCAUCUGUGCCAUUAUGAAGCCUGCCACGAUGAGUCCGAGUUCACAAAUGCUGAGCACUUCCUCCCAGAGCGGUGGUUUCGCAGUGACACGCCGAAUAGCCGCAGCGACAGAGCCAGGCCCGGCUUCUACCAGCAUAACCCUUACAGCUUCAUCCCGUUCGGCGUCGGGGUGCGAGCCUGUGUGGGGAAGAGGGUGGCAGAGAUGGAGAUGCACUUUGCUCUGUCCAGGCUGAUGCAGCAUUACGAGAUCCAGCCUGAAGAUGGUGCACCGACAGUGGAGGCCAAAACUCGGACGCUGCUCAUUCCCGCUAAGCCCAUCAACCUGCGCUUCCUCCCCAGAGUCUGAAGAUGGUGCCAGUGAUGGCAAGCAGCUCGUACAUUCACAAUAAAAGUGCUCCCAGAAGUUUCUUUCUCAGUGUAACUUUAGUUUGAGCAACAGGCUAAAACUGCACAGAGGUACAAAUGAGUAAUUAGAUAAAAAUUUAAGGCCAUUUCUGGUGUUUGCCAGUCUGGGUGUGGUGCAGUUACGCAUCUGAGCCUUAAUGGUGCAGAUUCCUGUCAGCAGCUGCAUUUAACAAAUUUCAGCAAUGAUGGUAGUGAGUAAAUCCUCAAGCCAGGUUGACACAUGCAGGGAUUUCUCUUUAGGAACACAUUUAAUGGGCACAUUUAUCAUUUUAAAGAAAUAAGCUCAUAAUUUAUCUACACAUUUAUCUUUAUAUGUAUUUCUUUAUAUUUCCUUAGCUAACGUCUGUUAUGGUCUUUCUUUAUUAUUUCAUAGUUGUUGUCAUUCUGUUUAGUUUUAGCCCUCUGGUAUAGUUCUGGAUUUUUCAGCAAGUAAAGGCAUGUUUUUGUUUUUUAAACCUCCUUUAGGUUUGUGCAUGUGGCUCCUCAAUUUACUACUCAAGUAUAACUUCUUUGCACUGUCAGAUCUGAGAGUACACUGGCUGUUAAAGCCGUUUAAACACAUUACUUUAUUUACUUUCAUUAACUUUUACACUGACUUUGAGUUUGACAUUGACUUUGGCUAAAGUGAAUCUCUGAAGUCUUUGAUGAUGAACCAGUGAAGUGAAAUUCUCCCUUUAAAGUUUUUAAAGAUUUUAUUUAUGCAUGUAUUUACACACAAAAGAGCUGUUUUAUCUUUCAUAAACAUAUUUGUGCAGGAAGUAAUUUCAUAUUUUUCUUCCUCUUUCAGAGAAGCCAGAAAGAGAGAAAAGGGACUUCUCUGCAGAGUUUAGAUGUUCACACAAAAUUGAACCUAAUGCCCAAAUCUUGCCUUCUGCAUUAUAUAAUCACUGUAAUUGUAUAACAAUGAGUCCUAAUAUCACAGUGUGUGUGUGUGUGUGUGUGUGUGUGUGUGUGUGUGUGUGUGUGUGUGUGUGAGAGAAAAUGCCAGUCUAACUCCAAGCACUUUGCUUUGCAUACCUGUUUUUAUUAAUCUCUUUGGUGCAUGUAAAGCUGGAGCAGGUGGGGCUCAAAGCUCAGAUGUUGGAAGUGUGAAAGUACUUAUGCAGAUGGGUAGUGCACACUGCCCCCUUGUGACAAUAAGGAGGAACGGCAGGCUGUAUACAUAUUUAAAGUUGAGGUUAAUAAAAUAUUUUACACCGAUCGCUGUUUGUUUUGCUGUAAGCUCAGCAUCAACCACACAGAGGAAUAAAGUUGGAGAGAGUGUGUGAAUUUACUGAAGGAAAAGGAAUUUUUGAACAAUUACAAUAUCACAUGUAGACGUGGUGAUUGUGAUCCCAGUAAAGAUGAAAUGUUUGUGUUUUUUUCUAAAUAAAUCAAGUAUUUUCUUUA